AUUGCGGUAGGCUUGUCUCCUACCAUGACCUCCUGCAAGCUCAUGCACCGUCUGUGACCUAUACUGGUACGUUUUCCUCGCCGGUACACCGCGUACUCUUUCCAGAACACGAAGCCUCGUUGCGCCCUCGUGGAGCCGGAAGCGCUGCGGAACACCUCAAAGAGCCUGAACGGCCCCUCGGGAGUUGUUGCAGCAUCUCUCUCUUCUUACCAUGGCAGACCCCAACGACGUCCCUUACGGUCCUCCACCGAGCAAUGGCUACGCCGACUCUUCGCCCUUCGGUCCACCCUUGUCUCCUCACCCGACAAACCCUCGACGAAAUCGCUAUAAUCAUUCCAGUAUGGCAAGCUGGAGCUCUGAGCCGUUCCGUGCUGUGAACGGAAUGUCGCCGCCGCCUCUCGUGUCCCCUCGCGUACCAUCCUCGGCGGGGUCACGCCCGCUACCGGUCCCCUCUUCCCAUUCUCGCGGAGCCUCCGAAAUUCAUGAUGUCGAUGUGACUCCUCGCCCGUUCACCAUGGAGCCGGUGUCUGAGCCCUCGGAUGACCGCGAUUGGGAGCCUGAGGAGGCCAUGACCAUUGGUCAGAGCGAAGAAGCGUACAGUUACCGUGAGGCCCAAGAACACCCGCAGCCGCCUGAAGGAUAUGCGUUCGCCGACAACGAUCCGUACGACAACCCACGUCAAGUCAUUUCGCUCGACGAUCCCAAUGCCCAACUUGUCGCUGAGUACGGCGAGCCGGGUCCCAGUAGCAGAUCGGCGGGUGGGAGGUUCGUCGGCGGAUUCAUGGCCACGCUGACGAGACCACUGAAGGCCGUAGCGAAGAGUUCUCUAUUCGACCGCGGCGCGACGAGGAAGGGCGCUCCCGGCACGGCCCAUUCCACAGGCGAUUCGCAUUUCGUCCCAGCGCACGCCUACGACGAGUCCGGUGCCCACGCCUCGUACGCACAGGCAAUGGAUGUACCCGUCGCACAGAAGCCCCCCACGGAGAUCCCAUACUCGCAGGAGCCAAGCCGGCACAUGAGCCUGGCCCGUUCCACCCGCCGCGCCAGCUCGCACGUGCAGAGCCCCAGAAGCGUCGGGUCCCACAGCAUCGCCCCAGACACCCCGCGAUUUAUGACCGAGACCGCAAUGCUCGCGCGCCCCGAGUAUGCGAGCGACUAUGCGAAGUUGGACCCGCCUCCGGGGCCGCCCGACGACUCGUUCAGCGCGCACAUCACGCGUGCCCGCAACUUCUUCACCGAGCUCAAGAACCUUCCCUGGGUUUCGGACCGCAUCGCGCUCGACUACCGCCCCACACAGUCCUCCCGCGCGCGCGUCGGCAAGAACAAGGACUCCGGGUCCUGGUACACCCGCAAGCACCAGGACCUCGACCUCCUCGCCCCCGGCCCGGGAUCCGCACGCCAGGCGACGCUCCAGCUGCGCAGCGACGCCGGGCACUCGACCGCCCCCAGCACGCGCUCACGCUCGCCCUCGCGAGCACACCACCAUGCCCUGCAUCCGCACCCGGACCGCACCCCGCUGAGCUUCAUGACCUCUCCAGGGACGCUCGCCUCCCCGGGCGCGUCCUCGCACGGGCAGGGUGCGCACCAGAUGUCGUACAGCUACUACUUUGCGCCCCCGCAGCCGCUGUACGUCUACCCGUCGCCCAUGACCUCUCCCCUGCAGCCCGUUACGGAGGGCUCUCAGGCGUCCUCGUCCCCACAGAUGCAUCCGCCCCACCCGCAGGCGCUGCCUGUGUAUAUGGUGCCUGGGCCGCCCCCGGGGCUGUUGCCGGCGACGCCGCCGCCUAUGGCCCAGACGCAACGGAGCCAUAUGAGAACCACGUCGCCGACGUCGGUAGUGCCUCCCACGCAGCGGUCGUCGCAUUCGAGACACUCUGGGUCGAACACUCAUUGA